AUGGACCAAACUCCUAUUGAAAAUUUAUCAAGUUCAGAACCUGAAAAUGAUGAAUUGCAAACAAAUUUGAAGUCUCAUGGAUUCUAUGAUGAAAAUCUUAAUGAAUAUAACGUGCAAUUUAUUACAAACGAAAUGUUAAACAAAGAUGAUGUUAGUAACCAAGAUAAGGAAGGAAAAUGUGAUGACAACGAUAAUUCUAAAAUGACAAUCCUUGAUGAUUCGGAUGAAGAGGAUGGGGAAAAUAACAUGCAACAUAUUAAUAACGAAACGUUUAACAAGGAUGUUAGUAGCCAAGAUAACGAUAACUCUAAAAUGACAAUCCUUAAAGGUAAGGAUGAGGAUGAUGAGGAUAAAGACGUGCAAUCUAUUAAUAACGAAAUGCUUAAUGAAGAUGUUAGUACAAGUAUUGAAUCUAGCAGUAAAAUGAGUAAAAUGACAAUCUCCAACAAAGUUGAUAGUAAUAACGAUGAGAGCGACGACAACGAUAAUACAAGCAAUAAAACUAGCAAUAAAAUGGCAUCCUCCAACAAAAACGAUUAUAGCCAGGAAAAGGAUGACAAGAGUGAUGAUUAUGACACAAGCGAUAAAUCUGUAAAUAAAGCGUCAAUUCCCAACAAAUAUUAUAGCAGCCAAGAUGAGGACGUCGACAUGAGUGAAGACGAUGACACGAGCGAUAACAUCUCCAACAAAGAUGAUGAUAGCCAGGAUGAUGACGACGACAAGAGUGAAGCCGAUGACACAAGCGAUAAAACAACGACGAUCCCCGACAAAGAUGAUAGUAGCCAGGAUGAGGAUGACGAUAAGAUUGAAGACGAUGACAUAAACAACAAAUAUAUCAAUAAAAUGUCAAUCCCCAACAAAGAUGAUCGUAGCCAAGAUGAGGACGACGACAUGAGUGAAGACGAUGAUACGGGCGAUAAAACAACGACAAUUUCCAACAAAGAUGAUAGUAGCCAGGAUGAGGACGAAAAAAGUGAAGAUGAUGACGCAAGUAUUGAAUCUAGCAGUAAAAUGACAAUUUCUAAGGAGAAUAGUGACGAAACUGUAACAUUAAAGACUGAAAAAGUUGAUACAGGUGAUAAUUCUAACGGUAGGGCUUCAAUUUCUAGCGAAAAUAAUUUGAUCGAUAGUAAAUCACGUUCACGUGUUGAUGGCGAUAAUUCAAGUAGCCAAGAUGAAGAUAGUGAAUCUGUUAUAACUCUAUUUGAAGAAAAUAAUUUAAAUGAGAUUGAACCUGGAGAAGACUCAACUUUUGACAGCGAUGAUGAAGAGAGUAGUAUCGAAAAAAUUAACUUUCAGAAUUACUCUAAUGAUCCUUGCAAUGAAUCUACAACUUCCAGCAGCGAUGAUGAUUUGAUGCGUAGUAAUGUUAGCACGAAAAAUGUAACGUCUCCUAUUAGCAGCAAUGAUGAUGAUACAGUUAUUAUUGAUACAGGCGAUGCUAUUUCUAGCGAUGAAAAUACGAAGGAAAGUAGUUCUGAUGAUGACAGCUUUUUUGAAACAAUAAAUCCUAAUAACGAUUUAUUAGGUUCUAUUAAUGCAGUAAGCUCUGAUAACGAUGAUGCAAAUGAGAGCAGUUCUGAUAGCGACGAUUUGAGUGAGAGCAGUUCUGAUAGCGAUGAUAUAAUUGAGAGCAGUUCUGAUAGCGAUGAUAUAAUUGAGAGCAGUUCUGAUACAAGUGAAAACAGUUCUCUUAGCGAUGAUACAAGUAUAAGCAGUUCUGUUAGCGACGAUUUGAGGGAGAGCAGCACUGAUACAAGUGAGAGCAGUUCUGAUAGCGAUGAUAUUAGUACUGAUGAAGAAUCAACAAUAUCUAGCGCUAAAUGUAUGGAUUUAGAUGAUACAGGUCAUAUCUCGAGUUCUAGUAGUAAUGGUAAUAGAGAUAGCUUAAACAGCAGCAAUUCCACAAGUUCUGACAGUGAUGAUGAUGUCAAUACUGCUAAAGACUCUAGAAAAACACGACGUUUUACGAUAAGCAUAGACUUUAAAAUUGAAUGGUUUUAA